AUAAAUUUUACGGAGUAUUUUUUUUUUAAAAAAAACUCCAAUACCAGCUAGAAUAGGAGUGCCAACGAACACCUGAAGAUAACAAAACUAUGCCUUAAUUUUAAAUACGGUGAAAUUUGCAAGAGUUCUUCGUAAAACCUUCUCUUUUUGCACAUUAUUAAACCAAAGCUCCUAGCUAUACACUUUUGAUUUUAUUCUUCAAAGCUGGGAUUAUAUAUUAUGCAUAAAACCCAUCUCCUAAGAGUAGCUCUCUUUUGGACAACAGUAGUACUAUUCGCCCUUCACGUCGCGGUGAAGGGCGACAGUAGCGUAUUAUUGGGAACGCGAGUCGACGCGGUGGUAGCGGAAGACGGGUCGGGGCAAUUCCGGACCAUCGGGGAAGAUAUCAAAGCGGCGCCGGAGAAGACCGUGUUUGCCAAAGACUUCACCGCCUACGACAUUGGAUUCCACAACACGGCCGGGCCCGCCAUGGGGCAAGCGGUGGCCCUUAUGGUGGCCGGCGACCGGGGGGCCUUCUACCGGUGCAAGAUAUCGGGAUACCAGGACACGCUUUUCGCGCAUUCAAACCGCCAAUACUUCCGGGACUGCGCCAUCUACGGCACCGUGGACUUCAUCUUCGGCGACUCCGCGGCGGUGUUCCAGAACUGCGCCAUCCGGCCGCGGAAGCCCCUCCCGGGCCAGUUCAACGCCAUCACCGCCCAGGAAUGGAAUGGCACCCGAAUUGGAGAAUGGAGUAGUCGGAUCUGAACCGGCAGGGGAAUCAAUAACUGCCCCGGAA